AAUCGUAUAGACUACAUUUCCCAGAAUGCACCAUUUUUCUGACACGUUACAUAGUCAGGAAGUGAUCUUUUGCUGAUUUUUAUUUCUUUUAAACUAUCCGACGACACAUUGACUAAAUGUUUUUAAACCCGUUUUGAUCGCGUGUAGAUAACCGAGGUGUCGUGUACUUUACUUCAAUACGGUAUCUAUAAUUUAGUGUCGUCGCCUGUAGGUCACGAUGGUUUGUUAACUGUUAACUCAUCAUCUUUAACUAAUGAAUGAACUGGACACAUUUCAUCCGCAACAAACUCUUUCACGCGAGUUGUACCCUUACUUUAUGUCAAAUUAGACGCAUUAACGUAUCGACGAUAAUCGAUUUCAUUUUAACCUUUAUGUAUGAAAGGUUACAGCCAAUCGCGCGCGAUAAAGCUUGACUACAUAUGCUGUUAGGGGUCAAAUAAAAAUUAAAUUGUAUUUCUUUAACCGCCAUGGAUUAUAUAAACACUGCCAGAUCAGUCGAAGAUCGUCUCUUGUGCUACAGAAAAGACGAAUCGGGAUGGAAAAUAUGCAAGAAGACUAAUGACGUUGUGGUGUGUUGGAGACCUUCCUGUGAAUUUUCAGGAUACGUGUAUAAGGGAGAAGGGAUUGUCAAUGCAAGUCCGGAGAAAGUUUGGGACUGCUUGAAACCCGAAAUCAAUGGCUUUCGUGUAAAAUGGGACAGUAAUCUUAAAAAGUUUGAGCUAGUUGAGCAGGUGUCUGCGGAUGUUAGGAUCUGUCGAACUGUCACGCCGUCGGCUGCUAUGGGCAUUAUAUCACCUCGAGACUUUGUUGAUGUCGUUUCUAUCAAACGCUAUGAAGAUGGCACAGUUUCAUCAAAUGCUACAAACGUAAGCCAUCCCAACUGUCCUCCGCAGCCGGGCUACGUCAGAGGCUUCAAUCACCCGUGUGGCUGUUUUUGUGUUCCAGUUCCUGGGGAACCUGGCAAAACCCAGCUGUUUAGUUUCUUUCAGACUGAUCUUGGAGGUUUGCUCCCUCGCUCGGUUGUUGAUUCGUUUUUCCCCAGUAGUAUGGUGGAGUUUUACAACAACUUGAGCAAAGCGCUAAAAACGUUGAAAUAACACCAGCAACACUUUAGAGAUAUUAUCACCCUUUUAAACCUAAAUUAGACUCUUUUAUCAAUUUAAUGCACUUUGCAUUUAAUCAUGCUUUAGUGAAAUUAGAUUUUCGAUUCGUUCAAGUAUACCUGCACAGUUUAAAACGUAGUUUUAUAAUAGAAAGUUUCAUUUACCAUCUAAAACGUAGAGAUUCAUAUAAAGCAAUGCACAAAUAUUUAUUCCACUUCAGUGGGUUUGCAAGCCUCACAAAUCCAUAUCUUUACUUUCUGCCAAGAUUCAGGAGUGUCGGACGGUAACUCCACAGUGAUCGUAGCCUUUGAACCUGUAAUGCAUGCUGUAGGCAGCACACUUAGUUUUGGGAAUGAGGCGAGCCAGUAUUUUACAAGAGCCAUUUCUUGAAUUUCAGGUACAUUCAAUGCAGUUGUCUUUUAAAGGACACCUAUUACGCCUAUUUGAACAAGUCUCAGGUGUGCUCAGAAUGUGUCUGUGUAGUUUCCGUUCAAAAUACCCCAUAAAUCAUUUGUUAUAGCAUGUCCAAAAUGUCUGUAUUUGGGUGGGAGCAAAAACCUGCUAUUUUCGUGUCUGUACCUUUAAAUGCAAAUGAGCAAGAGCUCCUCAGUCCUUUACCAAAAGAGAGCACUGCAAAAAAUGAUUUUCAAGAAAACAUUUUCUUAGUAUUUUUGUCUUGUUUAUAGUAAAAAUAUCUAAAAAUUCUUUAAUUAAGAUGCUUUAAAAUAUCAAAUGUAAGUGAUUUUGUGCAUA